AUGAACAGAUUAAGCAAUAUAAAAUCAGAAUAUGACCAACUUACAAAACAUGUAAAUUAUAUUAAUCAUACUAAAAUAGCACUCAUCUCUUGAUAGAUCGAAAGAAAGAAACCGUACUCCAAAAGUUAAAUGUUGUUCAAACCAAUAUUUAUUGAAUUCCUCGACAAAAUAAAACCUCAACAAAUCCUACAAUAGUAAUUAAAAAGUCCAUUCAAAACUACCAUCAAAAGCAACCUCUAACAUCAAAUAGAAAUUAUUAUAUGAAAGUAUAUACAUAAUUAUUAUCUCUAAAUAAUAGUGCUUAGAGGAUCUCAUUCAUAAUUCUCGUAAAGUUACCUAACAAGUAUUAUUUAAGAUAAAAUUGUUAAUAAGCCAAAAAAAUGUCAUACUACCGAUGAUACAUUAAGUUUUACAUUACCAGAAAAAGAAUUUAAUAAUAAAGCACCUUUUCUAUAAAUAGAUAUCUUUAUUGCUGAAAAAUGUAAAAAACAUUAAGACUCAAUCACUAUUGCUAAAUUUUAAGAGCUAUUAGAAUAACUUGAAUUAAAGGAAAUUGAAUUAAAAUUAAAUGUUUUUUCCAAUCUCAAAACUUUAUUCUUAAUAUUGGCUAAAUAAAUUUAAUCGAAAUUGGCAUCUUAUAAGAAUGAAAUUAUUAAAUUGCAAAAUUCAAAUACUGAAUUACAAUAAUAAUAAAAAAUCCUGUAAGAUAAAAUUACAGAAUAAAAAUAAAUUACAAUUAAGACUGAAGAAACACUUAAUUCUCUUCUUUUUACACUUCGAUAUACAAAUUUAAAUAAUCCUUAAUUUAUUGAAAAGCAUAAAGAUUAAGCUGAAACUUAGAAAUAUCAAUUAGAAUACAAAAAUAUAGAAGAAAAUAUUUCAAUAAUGUCUGAAGAGUCAGCCCCAUUUGGAAAAUUUUAUAAUUAUUAUAUUAAAAAAGAAUAGGAUCCUUAAAAUAAAAGAACAUUAGGAUUGACACUAAAUUUAAAUUCAUUAAAAAAUCCAUAAACUGCUCCUAUAGGAUAUUAGGAAGAAUUUAUGGCUAAUUUAAAUGAAUUUAGUGAAAGCUGGAGAUAAUAAGCUAUUAAAGAAUAGAGAUUUUGA